GCGCAUCCCAUUCGACCCUUCGAAAUCAUCAAACGCUUGUUUUUGAGAGACACCUUCAAAUAUGAAUGAGACCGGUCUGUUAGUUAGAGCGAUUCAAACAUUUGUACCCGAGCCGUGCUAUACGAAAACAUUUGUAGAUUUUAACUUUUUUGAUGUUGAAUGCUUCAAGAUAGUGUUGAGCAAAUGUCUUGGAUAUUCCAUCAUCCUGGGAUCAGUUCUAGUAAAGCUUCCACAAAUCAUAAAGAUUAUUAAAGGCAAAAGUGGCGAGGGUAUCAGCUUCUUUGGUCAGUUGUUUGAGUUAAUUGGUAUAUCAGCUAAUGCAUCUUAUGGCUUCCAACAUGGAUUCCCAUUCAGUUCAUAUGGAGAAGGUAUAUUUUUGGGUCUACAAACCACUGCUGUCCUGUUUUUUGUCCUAUUCUUUGGUGGAAAUAUACUGGGUGCAUUCCUGUUUGUAGGAAUAUAUGGAGGAAUUAUGGCAUACCUACUUUCUCCAAUGGUUUCCAUGUCCCUAUUAGCAGCUAUACAAACAGUGAACAUUGCCGUAGUCAUGGCUGGUAAGCUUCUGCAGGCUCUAGCCAAUUACAGAAAUGGAAGUACAGGGCAGCUAUCAGCAAUUACAGUUGGUCUUAUAUUCGGGGGAUCAGUAAUUAGAAUUUUCACAUCAAUACAAGAAACAGGGGACCAGCUCGUAGUUAUAACAUAUAUGUGUGCAGCAACAUGCAAUGCCAUUUUAGUAGGUCAAAUGAUUUAUUAUGCAAGCAAGAAGAAACAGGAAUAAGUUACGGAUGUUUUUAUUAGGAGAAUUGUUUCAAUUUAGUAUUUAAUGAACUUGAUAGUAAUAGAUUUAGGUAGUAUAUUGAUUAUAAAUUUAUGAAAUUUAGUAAGAUUUGCUUCUUUUUGUUCCAACUUAAGUGAUUCAUAAGAAUUUUUUAACAUAUAUUAGGU